CGAUUUCUUUAGUUCGGCUAUCACAUUUUUUACUUAAAAUACGAGGUUCGACAAUGGUAUCAGUACCCAAUGAUGGAAAUCAAAAGAUCAACCAUCAAUUAGACGAUGCCGAUACCAUCACAGUUGGUAGACUUGUCGAAGUGGCAAGUCGUACCUGGCCUGGGAUCAACAAACCUGGUGGAGUAGCUAGAGUGGUCGAAGUUCAUUUUGAUGCUUCCGAUGGUGACGACGACGAAGAUGGAAUAGAUAAUGAUCCAAAAGAUAGCCUCGAAGGGAAAAGGAGGAAUCCCACGCAUGUUAAUGUUCGGUACAUACUUGGGUCAUCUAGAGAAAAACGAGUUCCCUUGGAAUAUGUCCAGUUGGCUCCUCAAUWCGAGACACGCUCUUCAAAAACUUCACCUUCUGAGAAUGGUAGCGAAAACUAUGUUGCUUCUUCUCUGCGGGAUCGCAGCAUGCUGCUUGGGAGAUGUAGACGCUGCGGUUCUCUCCGAUCAGAUUGUGGAUCUUGUGAUUGGGCAAUGGAAGAAGAAGCAGCAGUUUCGACUGUGGCCAGCAGCAACGCCAAUACUCCAAAGAAUUCACAAAAGUCGUCGGUAAAGAGGAAGAAGGAUGGGAAGCGAAGUAAUGCCGUCGAUGAGUUGCUCUCAAACGACAAGAGUGACGAUGAUGAGUCUUCAGAGAGUAGCAGUGGUGGUAACAAUGAUGAUAUGGCGCGAUGGGGACACUUGAUUCGACAAACGCGGCGACGAAGACGGCACCGCCAAUCGUCUGAGAACAAGAGAAGAUCAUCUUCCUCAUCGAGGGAUGAUGAUCCUGAAAACAGCAUUACGGAGAAUAAAAAGGGAAAAUCGAACUUUAAGUUUCAGAACUAUGGAAUAAGCACAAGCCAAAAGAAGUGGCAACGACGCUACCCUGUUUUGUUGGACUUUUGCUCGUCGUCAUCMUCCGAUUCUUCGGAUUCUGAAGUUGCAGAGUCUAACAAUUCAAAACGUGCGAUAGGAUUUGCGAGAAGUAAACGUCCACGGGAAAGUCGCAGAAAUUUCGCCAAUGGAAAAUCAGUAUUAGAAUCCCUGCCAACAACAUCUGCAAAUACUAGCAACCAUCCAGCGAAGAAUGCGAAGUCAUUAUCACAAACAACUUCAGCUCCGUUGGUGUCGACAUCCAAAUAUUCAAGUCUACGGGUAAGACGUAAACCAAAUGAUAUAGAUCCACCUAUACCUUCAUCUCCUGAAGAUUUGCACCACGCUGAAACCUCAUUUCUUGCUGACACAGCUGCCGUUGAAGAAAGCCUUCGCCGGAGUUUUUCGCCAAGUACUCAGUCAAUUUCUUACGAGCAGCAACUCUUAGAAUUGGAGGCUCGAGCGAGAUUUCAAAUUGAGCAGCAACAGCAGCAGACGAGAACCAGCUCUACCGCUAUCAACAAUGGUAAUGAAGACGUAGGUUUCAUUCAACCGGAGGGGCAGGAGGCCAUAGAGAACUUACCGGAAGAUGUGGUAGACCUUAGCAGAUCCAUACCGUACAAAGACCUCGGAACUUUUUUCGACGAGAUGGUAAACAAAGUGGAGGACGAAAUCCUUCCAGACGUGAAACUCACUUUAGCUAGCUUACAUCGCAGGCUGCGGAUUAUUCAAAAACAAAACCAGACAAAAAUUAACAAUGAAGUUGGCUGUCUACCUGGUUCCACGGACGGAACUCGUGCCUCGGCGGAGCGACUGCUCCAGCGGUAUCAUCAACUUUGGGACGAAGUUCGAUUGUCGGUGAUCCACAACGGAACUGAUCAGUGUCGUGCAACUUUGCGCCGCUUAAUGGACGAUAAGCUAUACCGAAAACAUAGAAAACAUCUCACAGUCAGAGAGCGCAAGCGAUGCAGGGGUGCCGGUGUUAUGGAUUCUCGUAACCUCCGAAUGGAUGCUAUAGAUGAUACAGUAGAAGCAUUUAUCCGAAAGCUAAAGGAUGCGGUCAUCCUCUGUGAAUCAGAAUGUGCGAAUGCCCAAAAUGAUAUGAUGUCCAUCGGUAGCAAUGGCGACGGCAACCAUGAUGAUGACGAAUCUUCCAUAGGUGGUGCUAUUUAUUAUAGCGAUGAUACGUCUUCGUCAUCACAAGAUGACGAUUUGGAUUUGUUACCUAUAGCAGCCAUGGCCCAUGACAAUUUAUCAUCAUUGCAACAAAUAGUUCCUUUCACUCCACACGAGCAUGCAAGUCGCGCUAAACAAAUGGGGUCAAACAAGAGAAAAGUCGAAUCGAAAGAAUUGAAGUCCUCCACUUCGAAGUCGUCGAAGAAUCAUUCUGAUCGUACAAAAAAGAGGACGAAGAUAACUAGACCGAAUAAGAUUGCAAGAAUUGAUCCAACAACAAAGAGAAAGCCUCAAAGUUCAUUCACGUCAGUCUCCCAGGAGCGCGCUAACGGACAGAGUGAAUCAAACGGAGUGUCAACAAAUUUAGAAAAUUCAAUCAACGUCUUGGAAAAUUCGUCGGAAGAAGAUGAUCAUGUGACCAGUUCGGUACAAAAUGAGAUUCACGCUGGGAAAAGUAGCAGUAGUAGAAGAAGAAACAGAGUCAGAAGAGGACAAUUACAUUCGAGUAGUGGUAACGCUAGCCUUCCGGUUCCUCGUGACCCGAAACGAUCAAUCUCAGAACGAAUGCAGGCCUUUCUUGAUGCAAAUAUCGGAGACGGAACGCCGGUCGAUAGCGAGAAACUAAAUAAAACAGUGCAAACAGGACGACAGACCAACCAGAACGGGAGAAUGGAACGACAGUUUCCUAUUUUUGAACCCGGAAAAGGAAGGAAAGAUGAGCGGACGAAUGAAGCGGUUAUGAGUGUUGAAGAGAGGGUGAAUGAGUUAGAAGAAAUCAGAGAAGAAGAACGAAGGAAAAUAAUGCCGCAAACGCACGAACCCCAAUUCACUUCAUGCGGUACAUGUGCCUUAUUUACUCGAUUAUUGGUGGCACCAUGUGUAUCAGAAGAAUCCUCACAAACUAGUUUUGUUGAAGAUCAUUCCAGUCUUGAUGAAAGUUGGGAAGAAGUCUUAGCUGAUAUGGAAGCAGCAUUAUCGAAUAAUCCGGAAUCAAUGAAUUCAUUUCUAAGGAAAGCCUUCAGUAUAUUGAUAAAUGAAGGGAGCAGAACAAUUCAAGAAAUGAUCUCGUCCAACGACUCCAGAUUGUCAUUACAUAUUCGGACCCUUUGUUUAUGCAUUCGAUCUCUGCAAUAUGUACGAGAUGAUGAAUUGCCUAUCAUUUUUACAAAGGAAAAACAAGAUGAUUUCUUAAACUUCGUUGUGCUUCAAAUGGUUGAUGCACUAUAUUCUUUGAAUUUGCCUUCGGCAUGGGCACUGGAUAUUGAAAAUAUGGAAUCAAUCAUCCAAAAAUUGAUUCCACUCCGGAAUGCACUCGGCUUACGUAUCCCCCUGUUAGAAGCUGUUUCUAGGUGCAUUAUCAAUACUUUUGGUUGUCAGAAUUGGAGAAAAAGUCGGUACAAAAAUCAUACCUUUGUUUCAUCUCUGGAUCCAAAAUUCUGGUUCGAAUUUCUACAAUCGGGGCGAAAAUUCGAGAACCCCCAAGGUACGUGUUCAUAGAUAACAAUAAUUGUCGACGGUGUACAUUUUCCUGCACACAGCAUGUUUUCUGACAGAAAUGAAAGUCACUCGAUUCAAAAAAUUGGGUAGGCAUUGGCCACGGAUAGAGACCGAUGCGUUAUGGAGAAUUCUCGCCUUCAUAAGCUCGGCCCGAUCCAGUUCAACCGACGAAUCACUUUUUAGAUUUCAGAUCAUUUCGAAAUUGUUUUCUUCAGGAGUCUUCGCAGUAGAAAAUAUUGAAGCAGAAGAUAGGUUACCUCCAAGUGAAGAACAGAUUUUAGCUUGUCAGCGAGAAGUUGGUUAUCUUUCUAUCUUGAUACGCAAAGGCGUGUUGAAUUGUAUGCCAAAAAGUGAUUCGAUGCUUGUGAAGUUGGUUCAGUACUCRUUGCAGCUGCAAUCAGACUCCUACAGAGGUAACGAUCUCACUCGAGCAUCGUGUAUCCCAGGCCCCAGUGAUGAUGUGAUGACAAAAAAAGUUUCACCCAUGUUCUGGGGGAUAACACAUCCACUCUAUUUUGAUUCAAGCGUAGGAGACCAUUCCAUUGUUUCAGUAUCUGGUUUUCCCUUCGAUCAAUGUCAUCACAAGCCUGGUGCUAGGUAUAGAAAACUCCUCUACCCCUCAUCUGACUUGCUGACGGGUUGUCUGUCGCUCGUUGUAAACUGGAUCACGCAUGUCUCACCAAAAAAGGUUCGUCAAAAUCGAUUGACGAACUCAUUGAAGGCAUUGCAGAAUUAUCUAUUGAAGGAAGCGAAUCAGUUGUUACAACAGCCRGCACAGAAAGUGGUUGCUGAUUUUGAAGAUGCAUUUUCUGUAAAACCAUCGGUUGAAAUCGGUAUCGCAUCUGAGAGGGUUGCCAUUUUCAAGAAAGAGUCAGCAUCGUACUUACAAGUGAUAAGCCUUUUAAGCUCGAGGAAGAGAAUCACCCCUGAGCUAUCACGAUCAUUCUGGAACAAUAUGUCCGACGAUCAAAUGAAGAGAAAGCAAAGUAACAUUCUCGCGCGUCGUGAGAACAGCGAUAAAUAUGCAGGCGACGCAUACCGAUUGUUUGCAACAGUAAAGAUCAUGGCCACGCUUCUCCUUGCGCAAGUAAACAUUUCUCCGUGGCAUUUGAGUCUUGGCAAAACAGUUUCAAGGCUUUUUACCGACAAUUCGAAAGCAGAAAUCGGACACACUGCGUUUGCCAUAAGUUGCAUUUUUGCAUGUCUAGACUGUCUUUGCGAUGUUGAAGUUGGGCCACACCUAUUUUCGCAGGUUUAUGAAAUGAUCAUUUUGGUAUUUGCUAAUCUUACCGCAACGAUCAAGAGAGGAGAAAUCUUCAUUCAUAGAGAUCAUGUUUAUGCUUCAUGUUUCUAUCCUGUUCUAAUCAAGUGCGUCAGAAUGCAUCUGACUUCAUCAAAGGCUUCGCAAGAGAGUUUUCAUUUGGGGCUGUGCCUGUCCCUUGUUCGAUCAAUUCACAGCUUCUCAAUUGCGCAACGUAAUGCAGCUGAAGCACUUUCAGCGACCGUGAGAGAAUCAGCAUCCAAUCAAAACAUGACUACACCCAGUAAUGACAACAUUGAUGAUAUGUGGGGAGAACUUAAUGAUUCUGACUUUGCAGAUUUGGACUUGACAUGUAUCAUAUCAGAAAACGAAAACCAGAAACGAAAGCAAAAUCUACUCUGGUAUUUUUUGUCGGAUGCACUCGACCAAUCAAAGGUAAGCAAAAUAGUAAGAGUAGACGCAAUUAUCAUGGAAUUUUACUGACAGUACUGGUUGGUUUCAAUUCUUCGCAGCCUUCAAAAAGAUACGCUAUCCUCGGAAAAACUUCAACCACUAUUUCCGAUUCGGAUAAUCAUUUGAGUUCAAUCGGCAAAUUUCUUGUCGCGCAAAAAAUUAACGAAAUCUGCGGAUGUUUCGCUACUGCUAUCGCAUCGUCAGAACUUGAAGACGAAAACUCCUCUGAAAUAACAAAUCUUGUUUCGAAAUGGAUAGAACCAUCCUAUGAAAAUGAUGAAGACUAUCAAUAUUCUUCCAAAAUAGCGAGGAAAUUGACAUCGGAAUUAUGCCUGCUGGCUGAAAAAUUUCCCCGGUGCAAAAGUUUUGUCUUUGACCGUGCGGAUAAUAUGAUACUCAAUUUUCUGAAAGAGCUGGUAAAUUCCAGUCGACUUGAGAAAUUGCCCUCCUCCAAUCUUGAGAGAAUCGGAGAAAUUUCGGGAAAGGCUGGUACGAAGCAAGCAUUGCAUAUGCUGGAUCUCUUCAACGAUAUCUCUUUUCAAGAGACAGAUUUAGGUCUUCAAGGAGCUAUAUUGCGCAAAAUGCAGAAUAGACGAAGAAAGCAUGCUUUAGAAAUAUGGAACUUCUGUUCCAAACUUGGGUCUGUAUUCUUGAAGAAUUUGCCACCGGGACCUUUCUCAACAACCCAAGUUGGGCGUAUUCUAUUGAAUCUUGACAGUGAUUUAACUCAAAAGUUCGAUUUCUCGGACAGAAUGAUUUCACUGGAAAACGAAGUGUUCAAGAUUUUUAGACUGCUACGGAAUUUUGUUUCUUUCACUGCAACGAAUGAUGCAAGCUUUGUUGUGUUUGAGAGGAUAUCUUCUUGUUCACUAUUGCUGCUCGCUAACCAUGUGAUUGGGAUUGUACAAAGUCUGAAAUACAACGACCAGACGAGUAGCGACAGAGAAUAYAAGAAAGCAAGACUUUCUGAGCUUCUUUCCUCGUUUGUGGAGCUUUUCGUUUCGUUGAGCGCAUGGAUUAUCCGAGAGGGUGCAAAGRAUCGAUCGACGACGUGGUCGUUUCUCCAGACUUAUCUACGAGACCGCCUCUUCUCCCCGAUUCUGAGAAACCAACCAAUUGAUUCCACCAUUGCUCUUCAAGAAGUUGCUGUGGCUGCAAAAUUUGUCCUCGACUGCCCUCGCAGCGAAGGUGUCUCACUCCCGACUGUCAAUUGCGUCAGCCUUGUUGGUUGCUCCAAAUAUCUUGAUGAUCAUUUUUUGACCAGCAUUCUUCGACGAAGCAAACAGUUGUUAAUUGCAACCGCGUUGAAUCCGCAGAAUCUUGGCCUUCAAAAUGCUAUAUUAGAAGCAGUGAUGGGAUCUAACGAUAACAUCGAAGAAGCAACCUCAUUGAUAGUCGGGACAUCAUUUCCCCUUGGCAAAAGUCAAUUUGCACCAAGCAGAUUGGUUUGGCCAUAUAAGAGCUCAAUCGAAAAGCAAAUCGACGACUAUCUCAACGUUGUGGAGGAGAACUUCGCAUUGUCCUUGAACAGAAACGACCGGUGGAGAAGUAUGGCGAUUAUGAAUAAAUCCUUCCUAAAGAAUCACUUGCUUCCUCGAUUGAAUUCCAGCUCCAUGGGGAUAGGGAAAAAACGAAGAAUCUUACUUCUUUUCAACUAYAUGUUGGAAUACGAUAAGGUCGGAUUUGAUACUUAUGAGACUUCUGCAAACAUUCUUGGUGAUGAAUCACAAACAACAGUGGAUUUGGAUUUUGUUCGUGAUAUGGUCAAGGCUGUUCGGUUGAACAUUCAUGAGUGCCUGAUGCAAUAUUCUGUGGACAAUAAUCUUGCACGCAUUGCAUUUUCAUGCUCAACGCAUUUGGCCAGCAAGAUCCUUUUUAUAGAGGGGAGAGAGCAAAAUCUAAUAAGUUGGAGCCGUGAAAAGGUUUCGGGGACCAAAGGAAAAACCAUGCUUGACUUGUCUAAUUCAAUGAUACUUAGUUCAUAUGUAUGGGUAUUUUUCAAAUGGCUGGAGGCUAUAGGAGAUUUGAUUCUCAAUCAGAGUUGUAACGACAGCCUUGUUGGAAUUGACGGUCUAACAAUGCUACGGAAACAUUGGCAAAGGACUCAAUGUUGUCGUCAUGGUGGUAUGGACGAAGAGAUUCUGGAUUUGGAGGAGUCGAAAAGCUUGCAAGUUUGGGACCGAAUGUUGCUAGACUUUGAAGAUCUUGCCUCGCCAUCAAGCAGGAAGGAGUCAAGCUCUGUGAUAAACGUUUAUGCCAAGCCUGCCAUCUCACAUCCUUAUCUGGUAGAAUCCAAAGGGGAACCAGGGCUAUCCUGGGAAGAAUGGAUGCCUUCCACUCUCGUGAGAAGGAGCCUGAAGGAGUUGAUGGCUGUAAUCCUAUCUACUUUGUAGGAACACUUACUACCAUCCAUGGCUAAAACAAUAGAAAUAGUGGUAUAUG